CCCUUAUUAGACAUUCUCUGGCGCGACAAAGAAGCUGGCCGAGGCCCAUCUUUAUGCAAAUGAUUCCGUUGAACGCUACGCGGCUAUCCAAUAGGAGUAGAGCACAGGGGCAACGGUGGGAAGUCAUUUCGCUGGUCCUUUGUUCUAGACGCCGUACUACAAAAAUGCUCAUGAAACUUUAGUUCCUAGUGCUAAUAAAAUGGAGGAAAAGUUGAUUGUGGCGGUAGCUGGCUUCCCCAAUCUGUAUGACCCGUCCUUGUUGUCCUACAGGGACAACGACCAACGCAAUUCUGCCUGGAGGAGGGUGGCAGAGAUUGUUGGAGUCCCUGAGGAUGUGUGCCGCACCCGGUGGAAAAGUUUGAGGGACCAAUAUACCAGGGACAAGAGGAAGGAGAGGGAGAGGAACAGAAGUGGGGCUGGGGCCUCAUCAGCUCAGCCAUGGAGGUAUAUGGCUGUGAUGGGGUUCCUGGCCCCAUUUCUGGAGGCCAGGCCAACCACCUCCAACCUGCCCCGUCAAGUCUACCCCAACACUACCCCUGCCACACUCCCCUCAGCUGCACCCACCCCCCUAGCCGCACCUACCCUGUUGGCUGCACCCACCCCCCUAGCCGCACCUACCCUGUUGGCUGCACCCACCCCCGCAGAUGCACCUAUCCUGCUGGCUGCACCCACCCCCCCAGAUGCACCUACCCUGCUGGCUGCACCCACUCCACCAAUCAGAGAGGUGGCUGGAGACCUGGAGGAGGCAGGCCCUUCCACCUCGGAUUUCAGGCCUCAGAUGCGCAAGAAGAGAGCUAAGGCCAUGUCAGUCUUCGAGCGUGAGCUGUUGAACAGGCUGGAAGAGGCAGGCAAUGAGCCAUCACCACCUCCUACUCCUCCAGCUGCUCUCUCCUCAGCUGAUGAGGACAAAAUGUUUUUCUUGAGCCUCCUGCCAGCCAUACGUCGGAUGAGUGUGGCAAAGAGGGCAGAGGUCAAAUUUAAAAUAUACAGCUUGGUUUACCAGGCCGAUGUAGAGGGAAGGGAGUGA